AAUGAUGGGUCCAGUCUUAUAAGAUGCUGAAUACUUUAUGCUCCCAGGGCCCCCAGAAGGAACAGAGCACUCAGCCUAAUACAGACCAGGCUAAAAAGACCUAAACACAGUAUGGGAAACAUGCAAUUUCAUAAGAUUGUCCAACAGGCUUUCUUUGUACUUAGACCAACCAUUCGUGUUACCAUGGUUCUGAGGACGAUGUCAUUAACGUAUUCUGACCACUUCCUGUUACAGGUUCCAAGACAAAUCAGUGUCAACAAUAGGUUACCAAGGCAACACGUUGCAUCUUAACCUCUUUUAUCCCAUGUCCUAUAAGAAGGAACACUACUGUCCUCUGCUUUAAGCAACUAAACUGAAUGGGGUUUUCAUUUCUUUCUUUUUUGUGGCUUUAUUUACAUAAAAGCCCUCUAGAUGCUGACCCCAACCAAGAACAAGAUUACAAGGAGCAGAAUGGGGAUGCUGACGGCUUUUGUGGAGUUGUAGGGCAAAUCCUGCUUUCCUAUUGCAUUGGGAUUGUGGUUAUAACUCUCAUCUACCGUGUUUAUAUCUGGAUUAGCCAGAGAAAUGAAGAUGAAGAACUGCCUUCUGACAAGUGGACUAGCAACCCAGAUGUUCCCAGGAAAUCCUGCAAGUUCAGCCUCUGGGACUGUGUCAGCAAGUUUUUCAGCUGGAAAAACAAAAAGGCUGCCUUGUUUUCGGAGGUACCUACAGCCGGGUACCCCUUAGAAAGGAGGCCGGAGAGGUUUUUCACAAAGCUCAGCCAGCAGAACGUCUCUGACAGCCACUCCUCGGACACAGACAGUGAGGACUGGAACUCAGGUGCAUCCUCAUGGAAGGAGAGUGAGACAGAAAACAUCCCCAGCACUGACAGCCGUCGGCAGAAAAAGACAGGGCAGAAGCAAAGGAAUGUGGGGGACCCCUGGAUCAGGGAACAGCCCUGUUUUCACUGCAAAGCGAAGAGGACAAGGCAAUGGCUGUCCCAACAUUUCUUCCAUCCUGUGUCGUCUCUUCCUGGGAAGGGUAACCCACGAGAAGAGAACUGCUGCUGGGGAAUUAGCACAUGAUAUGCUUAAUUUCUGAGUUUUAUUUGGACCCUUACUUGAUUGAAUCCAUUAGAGGGGCAGAAUCUAGGUGAAAGCACAACACUGAGGGAGUCAUUUCAAUAAAACUUGGCUACAGACAAUAAAUGUGCCCAGCACAAUAUGCUGAC